CGGCCAGGCGAGGCCCUGCGCCCUCUCCGCCCGCGGGAGAUGCGGGGCCGCCCGGCGGGAGUGGCGUGCGCUGAGGGCCGGGCGGUCGGGCGGAGCAUGAGGCCCGGGCGCAGGGCGGCGGCGGCGGCGGCGUCCCCCUGAGCGGCCGAUCUUGUCCUCCAGCGCCAUGGCUUCCGAUCUGGAAAGCAGUCUCACGUCCAUUGAUUGGCUCCCACAGCUCACUCUUCGAGCCACCAUUGAGAAAUUAGGGGGGGCCUCUCAGUCAGGCCCCCCAGGAGCUGGUCGGAAGUGUCCACCUGGCUCUCCAACGGACCCCAAUGCCACUUUGAGCAAGGAUGAGGCCGCAGUCCAUCAGGACGGAAAGCCCCGGUACAGCUAUGCCACCCUGAUCACUUACGCCAUCAACUCCUCGCCUGCCAAGAAGAUGACGCUCAGCGAAAUCUACCGCUGGAUUUGCGACAACUUUCCCUAUUACAAGAAUGCUGGCAUUGGAUGGAAGAACUCCAUCCGGCACAACCUUUCGCUGAACAAAUGCUUUCGAAAAGUGCCUCGUCCCCGGGAUGACCCUGGAAAGGGUUCUUACUGGACGAUUGACACCUGUCCUGAUAUGUCCCGGAAGAGGCGCCAUCCAGCAGAUGAUGAUCUGUCACAAGAUUCCCCGGAGCAGGAGGCAAGCAAAAGCCCACGGGGCUCCGUCUCUCUGGGUCCAGAAGCCUCCCUCUCCCCCGAGUCCAACCAGCAGCUCUCGUUGCAAAGCACACCCCCCCUCGGCAGUUAUGGCCAGCAGAGCACAGGGCCGGUGGAGGUGGCCGCCACUGUGGCGAGCGGACAAGGCCGUGAAGGGACCGAUGUUCCACCUCCGCACUACAGUACCAGCAACGACUUGAAGUUCUCCUAUUCUGAAAUCAACUUCCAGGAUCUGAGCUGGUCCUUCCGAAAUCUCUACAAAUCCAUGCUAGAGAAGUCCUCUUCCUCCCAGCAUGAUUUCUCCUCCCUGCUGGGGGAGAUGCAGCCCUCCAACCACGGCUACUACAUGUACCAGCAGCCGCAGGGGCCUCCCUCUGUCGGAGCCGCACCGCCCCUCCACACCCCGACCUCCGAGGGCUGCCCAUCCCAGGGUAGCAAGCAGGGGGGGGAUGGCUACGGCCCCCCGCCCGUGAUGUCUCUGCACCCCUCGGCCCUGCAGCACGGAGGGUAUCACCAGCACCCCCACCCCCACCAGCCACCACCACAGGCUUCCCUCAACAACACCAGCUUUGCAUUUCCCUCUGACUGGUGCUCCAACAUUGAUUCUCUGAAAGAAAGCUUCAAGAUGGUCAAUCGACUCAACUGGUCCAGCAUUGAACACUCCCAGUUCUCAGAGUUAAUGGAGAGCCUGCGCCAGGCGGAACGCAAGAACUGGUCCUUAGAUCAGCACCACAUUGCCAACCUCUGUGACUCCCUGAAUCAUUUUCUCACCCAGACCGGGCAGCUCCCUCACCUGGGAGGCCCCCCGCAGCCCCCCCGCAUCUCCGAGUCCUGUGCCAUGAAUAGCAACAAGCAAGACCAGCCUAUGAGCCAAGUGAACUCGUAUGGCCAGCCGGCGCCUCCCCACCUGUACUCUGGGCCCUCUCCGAUGUAUCCGAUUCCCACCCAGGACUCGCCAGGGUAUAAUCGUCCAGGUCAUCAUUUGGUUUCGCGGCCACCUCCAGGUGCCCCCGAGGAGAUCCCUGAUGAUUUCAAUUGGGAUUUGAUCACCUAGCAAGCGAAAGACUUGGCAGCCCCUCCCUCCUGGAGGGUUGCCUGCAGGGGGAGGAAGCUG